UCUAUCUCCACAACCCUAAUUUCAUUCUCAAUAUAGCUUUUAUGGAGCUUCCAAAACUUGUCUCUCUUUUAAUCUUCUUUACUAUAGAAUCUCUACUUAUUCUGCUAAAGGCAGAACUCAACACCUUUCAUGUUGUGGUCGUUAUGUGCUAUUUCUUCUUUUUCAUCUUCAAAUCAAGGCCUUUACCAGUAUACUUAGUCGAUUAUUCAUGUCUAAAGCCACCAAAUUCCUGUAGAGUUCCCCACGCAACCUUCAUCGAACAUGCUCAAAUGCUGGAUUUUUUGGAUAAAGAGAGCAUAAAUUUCAUGUCUAAAGUCCUUAGUCAUUCAGGACAAAGUGAAGAAACAUAUUUACCUCCUGCAAUUCAUUAUAUUCCACCUAAAUCAGACCAUCAAGAAGCCAUAGAAGAAGUCCACAUGUCACUCUUCACUGUAUUUGAAGACCUUUUAGCCAAAACCAAUCUCUCCCCACAAGAUAUCGAUGUUUUAAUCGUUAAUUGCAGUGGAUUUUGCCCUGCUCCCUCGCUUUCAUCCAUAAUUGUGAACAAGUUUUCCAUGAGAGAAGACAUCAAAAGUUAUACAAUUAGUGGCAUGGGUUGUAGUGCUAGUGCAUUAGCUAUUGACAUGGCUCAAAACAUACUGAAAACUCACAAGAACUCCAAUGCUGUUAUUCUUAGUACAGAAAUCUUAUCCACAGGUUGGUAUCCUGGAAAAGAACCAUCAAUGUUAGUUCUUAAUUGUCUUUUUCGUAUGGGUGGUGCUGCGAUUUUAAUUUCCAACAAAAAAGAAGCGAAAAAGACAGCAAAAUACAAGCUUCUUAAUACUCUAAGAAGUCAAAGAUCAUUUGAUGAUAAGGCCUAUUUUUCUGCAUAUCGUGAAGAGGACUCGAAUGGAUUUACUGGGGUUACACUUAAGAGGGACUUAUUGCAAACUGCAGGAGAAACUCUUCGAACAAACAUAACGACUCUCGGUUCGCAAAUGCUGCCUUACACCGAGAAAAUAUGGUUCGGUGUUUCAGUUUUGAGAAAGAUGUUUAUAGACAAAUCGACUGAGAUUUACGUGCCUAAUUUUAAGUCAGUGAUACAACAUUUUUGCUUGCCAACAUCAGGAAAGCCAGUGAUAAAGGAAAUGGGAAAAGGGUUAAAACUUGGAGAGAGUGAUAUGGAGCCUGCUUUAAUGACAUUACAUAGAUUUGGGAACCAAUCUUCUUCUUCAUUGUGGUAUGAAUUGGCAUACAUAGAGGCUAAGGAAAGGGUGAAAAAAGGUGACAAAAUAUGGCUGCUUGGGAUGGGAACUGGGACUAAGUGCACUAGUCUAAUUUGGGAAUGCAAUAGGCCCAUUUAUGGGGAAGCCCAAAGAGGUCCAUGGGCUGAGACAAUUGAUAGAUAUCCCUUAACCAUGUGAAUUGAUGGGAGGCCCAAGUACAUUAUACAUGGGCUAUAGUCAAAUUUCUGAUAAGCAAUGCAUAUUGACCCCUUUUUUUCUUUUCUUUCUUUUUGUUGGCAAGUGUAUUUAGUUUUGUAUUUUGGCUUCUGUUUUUGUUACCUUAGGGUUCUUUUGGUUAUGAAACAAAUUAUUCCAGAAUUAA